GGCGUAUAAAAGUAGGCCUUACCGGGGCCGCUGGGCAGCAGAAUUCUCCAAGCAAGCAUCAUACCUCGCCAAGCACUCGCUAGAUUACCGAUCUUCCUUUCUCUUACAAGCAUGAAGUCCUUCACUCUCUCUGCUCUCUUCUCAGCGUUCGUUCUUGCAGCCUCGGUCUGCGCUGCGCCCGUGGAACACGCUCACCCAACAUCAGUCGGUGAGCCGGCCACGCCGACCCCGUCCCACCCUGUCGCUGUUCCCGACAUCUUCCGCUGGCGCCGCGACACUACGCCUCCCUCCCCUCAGCCGGCGGACGGCUCAGAGGACUCCCCCCUCGUCGCUAAUGGCAUCUUCCUCUGGCGCCGCGACACUACACCUCCCUCCACUCAUCUGACGGCAGACGCACCAGAGGACUCCCCCUCGUCGCUGACGGCAUCUUCCUCUGGCGCCGCGAGCUCGACACUGCGUCCUCGCCCAACACGAACGGCGAGCCUGCAGAGGCGUCCCAGCCUCCGUCGGCCCUCGCUGCCCCCGGAAUCUUCCUGUGGCGUCGUGACAACUCGCUCUCUUCGGUACCGACCCAGACGGACGCGCCCUCCGAGCCCGCCCUCGCUGCCCCCGGCAUCUUCCAGUGGCGCCGUAAUGACCAGUGAACCGUGAUUCUGACCUAAUCGAACGUCUCAGCCAGUCGCGGUCCGGACUUGGGCCCUAUUUAUGUGAUGGUGAUCUAAUUGACCUACCCUAGUAGCAUAUACUAGUAGCAGAACAGCAGUACAUGCAGAUGGACCUGUUUCCAGAGCAGGAUAAUAGUUCUCUCGAGGAGGAUUCAAUACCUAAGAUAGUGUGUCUCUCGGAUUGUAGCAGUACUUGUAUUCGUUGUAACUUACGUUGUGUAGCAUGCUGCAGUGGCUGUCGUCACGAGCUUAGUUUAUUCGUAUUGAUUAUUGCCUGAAAUGAAUCACAUGGAGUGGAUCUC